AUGAAGAAUUUCAAGGCUUUCAAUUUUCUAGGGCUUCUGUUUGCCCUUGUUAUCAUCUCUUCCAUUGUCACAGCUGAUGAGAAGCCCAAAGAGGAGAAUAAAGCUGUAGCGGUUGAGGCAACAAAGGAGACGAAUCUGGUGCCAGGAGAUAUCGAAACAAAAGGAUAUGGCGGCGGAGGCGGAGGCGGAGGUUGCGGCUGCUGCUAUAAAUAUGGCGGCAAAUAUUGCGGUAAGCAGUGUUGCUGGCCUCAGAACGAAGAAACAGAAGCUGCAAGUGAUGAGGCCGCUGCUGAUGCCAACCCUGAUGGCUAUGGCUGGGGAGGAGGACGAGGCGGCGGCGGCUGGGGAGGAGGACGAGGCGGCGGCGGCUAUGGAGGAGGAAGAGGAGGACCUGGCACUGGCUGUCCAAACCGGCCACCUAAUGCAGCCACCACUACAGGUGUCGGAGGCGGUAUUCCGGGUGUUGGAGGAGGCAGUCCGAGUGUAGGAGUAGGUGAAAAAGAAACGAAACCAAACCCAGUAGAGGAUUCAAAGCCGGUCGACAUUGGCCGAUGCGGGUGUUGCUGUCGUCAUAAUUUGUGGGGAUGCGGUUUGCACUGUUGUGACGGUAGAGGACCUGGCACUGGCUGUAAUGUAGCCAGGACUACAGGUGUUGGCGGCAUUCCAGAUCUUGGGGUCGGCAUUCCGGGUGUUGGAGGCGGCAUUCCAGGUGUCGGAGGAGGCAUUCCGGGUGUCGGAGGAGGCGGCAUUCCGGGUGUCGGAGGAGGCGGCAUUCCGGGUGUGGGAGGAGGCAUUCCGGGUGUCGGAGGAGGCGGCAUUCCGGGUGUUGGAGGCGGCAUUCCGGGGGUUGGAGGAGGCAGUCCGGGGGUUGGCGGCGGCAUUCCAGGCAUAGGAGGCAGUGCUCCAGGGGCUGGUGGAGGAGAAGGAGGCAGCAGGCCAAGCAUGCCCGGCCCUGGAGGAAUUGGAGGUGGCGGACAAAACUGA